AUGGCGGCUAAAGUGAUUCACUUCGACUAUGAAUUCUCCCCCGUCGGCCAAAAGACCAAAUUGGUCCUGAAAGCAGCCGGCAUCCCCUUCGAACGAUGCGACCAACCCGCCCUGCUCCCGCGCCCAUCUCUCGAAGCCCUGGACAUCACAUACCGCCGCAUCCCCCUCCUCGCAAUCGGCAAGGACAUCUACUGCGACUCCGAGCUCGUCAUCAAGGUCGCUCUUGAGCAGCUAGGAAAGCUCCCCACCUCCCUCGCCGACAAGGCCUUCAAGGAGUGGGGCGAUAAUGUCUUCUCGGACGUGUGCCUUCUCAUUCCAGCAGAAGUGCUGACCCCAGAAUUCAACAAGGACCGCGGCGCGGUGAAUUUCAUGUCCAUCCAACGACCUGAUUUGAAAUCUGCACGCCCCUCCUCGCUGGCGCAGUUCCAGGGUCGACUCAAGCAAAUCGAAGAACACUUCUUCCUUUCUGGAGGUCCUUUCAUCAACGGUGCCAAUAUCAGCUUGGCGGAUAUCGAGGCGGUCUGGCCGGUGAGGUGGGCGUUUAAGUAUUUGGGUGUUGACAAGGAUGCGGGUGUUGGUAAGGAUAAGUUCCCGAGGGUGUGGAAGUGGAUUGAGAGCAUGCCGGAUGUUACUGCGCCGGAGAUCAGUGCGGAGGAUACGCAUGCGAGUAUUCGAGGGGCGCAGUAUACGGCGAAGGAGAUUGGGAUUGCGAAGGAUGAUCCCACUGGACUGCAGGCGGGGACAAGGGUCAACGUGGAGAGCUUUGACACCAAGGCAGGCGCAUAUCCACAAGCGGGGAAGCUUGUCGGACUCAGUGAUGAGGAGAUUGUGCUGGAGCUCAAGGAUGGUGUGAGGCUGCACUUCCCCAGAGUGGGAUAUCUCGUUCGUGAUGCGAAUGCUGUUGUCGACUGA